AUGAGAGUGUUAGAAGCUUGGGCAGCAUUCAUCAGAGAACUUGAUCCAGAUGUGUUUACAGGAUAUAAUAUAAACAACUUUGACUCCUUAUUACUUCGUAGAGCCGCACAUCUGAAAGUGAAAAAAUUUGAUUUUUUGGGACGAGUUCGAGACAAAAAGUCAGUUUUAAAAGAAACUGUACUGCAGUCAAAGCAAAUGGGUCGUAGAGAGAAUUACGCAAUAAUUGAAGGCAGGGUACCCUUUGAUUUGUUACGUUUAUUGAGAGAUUAUAAAUUGCGGUCUUAUACCUUGAAUGCUGUAAGUUUUCAUUUCUUACAAGAACAAAAAGAAGAUGUCCAUCAUAGUAUUAUAUCUGAUCUGCAAGCUGGGAAUGAACAGACUAGAAGAAGAUUGGCUAUGUAUUGUUUGAAAGAUGCUUAUCUUCCAUUGCGGUUGUUGAAUAAAUUAAUGUGUAUUGUCAAUUACAUGGAAAUGGCUAGGGUAACUGGUGUCCCUCUAGGUUGUCUCUUAACGAGGGGCCAACAAAUCAAAGUAGUCAGUCAACUCCUUCGAAAGUCUAAAGAAGCUGGCUAUUUAAUGCCAACAUAUAGUGGACAAGGUUCUGAAGAACAAUAUGAAGGUGCUACUGUAAUUGAACCCAGAAGAGGAUAUUAUGCAGAUCCUGUGAGUACUUUGGAUUUUGCAUCACUAUAUCCUAGUAUUAUGAUGGCUCAUAAUUUGUGCUACACUACAUUAAUUCAACCAGGACAGAAGGAAAAAUUGGGAUUAACUGAUGAUCAGGUAACUAGAACUCCCUCAAACAACUUGUUUGUGAAGUCAUCAGUUCGUAAAGGAUUGCUGCCGGAAAUUUUAGAAUCUUUGCUUUCAGCAAGAAAAAAAGCAAAGGCGGAUCUUCGAGAUGAGAAAGAUCCUUUUAAGCGGUCUGUUUUAGAUGGUCGUCAACUUGCAUUAAAAAUUAGUGCAAACAGUGUUUAUGGUUUUACUGGAGCACAAGUUGGCCGAUUACCAUGCCUAGAGAUAUCUGGGAGUGUAACUGCAUACGGCAGAACUAUGAUAGAACAAACCAAACAAGAAGUAGAACGUAAAUAUACUAUAGCUAAUGGUUACGAAAGUGAUGCUGUGGUAAUUUAUGGAGAUACAGACUCCGUCAUGGUUAAUUUUGGUGUUAAGAGUUUGGAACGAAGUAUGGAAUUAGGUCGAGAAGCUGCAGAGUUUGUAAGUCAGAAAUUUAUUAGGCCAAUAAAGCUGGAGUUUGAAAAAGUUUAUUUUCCAUAUUUAUUAAUAAAUAAAAAAAGAUAUGCUGGAUUGUAUUAUACAAGAACUGAUAAAUAUGAUAAAAUAGAUUGUAAGGGUAUUGAAACUGUACGAAGAGAUAAUAGUCCCUUGGUUGCUAACAUGAUGAACAUGUGUCUUCAAAAAAUUCUAGUGCACAGGGAUCCAGAAGGUGCUGUAGAAUAUGCUAAACAAGUAAUUUCAGAUUUACUUUGUAAUAAAAUUGAUAUUUCACAAUUAGUUAUCACAAAAGAACUUUCAAAAAGUGAUUACGCUGCCAAACAAGCCCAUGUAGAACUAGCUAAUAAAAUGAAGAAACGAGAUGCGGGCACUGCACCCAAACUAGGUGAUCGUGUACCAUAUGUUUUAUGUGCAGCAGCUAAGAAUACUCCUGCAUAUAUGAAAGCAGAAGAUCCAAUAUAUGUAUUAGAAAACAGUAUUCCAAUAGAUAGUGCUUAUUAUUUGGAAAAUCAAUUAUCGAAACCUUUAUUGAGGAUCUUUGAACCUAUAUUAGGUGAUAAAGCUGAAUCUCUCCUCUUGCGUGGUGAUCACACAAGAACUAAAUCUAUGGCCACAUCUCGUGUUGGAGCUCUAUCUGCAUUUACAAAGAAAAAGGAAGCAUGUAUAGGAUGCAAAGCGUUACUUCCAGCAGGUUAUGAAAAAGGAGCUUUAUGUCCUCAUUGUAUUCCUAGACAAUCUAUACUAUAUAUCAAUGAAAUGGAAUCGCAAAGAAACCUUGAAGAAAAAUAUUGCCGAUUAUGGACAGAAUGUCAAAGGUGUCAAGGUUCUUUACAUGAGGAAGUGAUAUGCACCAACCGGGACUGCCCAAUUUUCUACAUGAGGAAAAAGAUUCAAAUCGAAUUAGAUACUCAAGUCAAACGUGUUGAACGGUUCGGUUUACCGAGCUGGUAAGAUUCAUUCAAAGACAAAUAAAUAUUUCUUGUAAUAAAAA